AUGCGCGGACCUAGCUUCCGCAAUAUGCACGCGCUUAACGAUGCGUGGACUACGGUCCUACGCCGACACAGAGAGCGGAUAUACCAGGAAACGCGCCAGGGAAAGCAUCAAGACUCUCUGUUAAUCACCAAGGAUGACCUCAUUGGGCCCGACCCAACCGUGGCCCACCGCCAAAGCGCUGCAUGGACCAACCUUGAGGCGAUGGUUGGCCUGGAGGCUGUCAAAUCGAGCGUACAUAGCCUGUUCUGUCGUGUGGUCCAGAACUACCGUCGCUCACAGCAGGGCAAAAAGCCAAUACAAGCUCCUCUCAACCAGGUGUUCCUUGGGCCACCAGGAACAGGAAAGACUACAGUCGGAAAGCUCUAUGGCCAAAUCUUGGCUGAUCUCGGGUUAUUGUCGGGCGGAAAGGUCAUCAUCAAGAAUCCAUCCGACUUCAUCGCUGGGUAUGUGGGGCAUUCUGAAUACAGAACUAAGAAAAUUUUGAAGGAAGCAAAAGGGAACGUGUCAAUCAUCGACGAUGCAUAUAUGCUGUACCCUGGAUCGAGGUCGGGCGCGCACGAUGAGGGAGACGAAUUUCGUAUUGCCGUGAUUGACACCCUUGUUGCCGAGAUAGAUAACUCACCGGGGAGCGAUUGUUGUGUGAUUCUUCUUGGAUACGAGGAGCAGAUGCAGGAAAUGUUCCGCAAGAGCAACGCCGGACUGGCUCGUCGGUUUGACCUAGCGCAUGCAAUCCACUUCACAGACUAUACUGUGGACCAGCUAGGCCAGAUACUAGACUUCAAGCUGAAGGGGAAAGGUUUGCAGGCGACACUCGAGGCGCAGAAGGUUGCGCUGCAGAUGUUGGAAAGAGCAUUAGAACGACCCAACUUUGGAAAUGGGGGAGAGGUUGCGAAUCUCCUAGAUCGCGCCCAAGACUCAUACAACACACGAACUGCAGCGGUAUCAGAGUCAGAGCCAUCGACAGAUCCUAUUCUCACACCGGAAGACUUUGAUCAAAACUACGAUCGACACCUACAGGCAGCAGCCGAUUGCAAAGGCCACUUCAAGGAGCUGAUCGGUAUGGAUCAGAUAUUACAUCAGCUGCAAGAAUACCAGACCGCAGUGACGGGUAUGUGGCGAAACAAAAUCGAUCCUCGCCCAUACAUCCCAUUUAAAUUUGUCUUCCGAGGCCCACCGGGCACAGGGAAGACCUCCACAGCGCGCAAGGUGGGCCGAAUAUUUUACGACAUGGGAUUUUUAUCAGAGGCUGAACUGAUAGAGUGCUCGGCCAGCGACAUCGUCGCACCUCACCCAGGACAGACAGGGCAUCGCAUAGUGAACUGGCUGGAGCGGGCGCUAGGCAAGGUAGUUUUUAUCGACGAGGCAUAUCGGCUAGCGGAUGGCGAGUACGAGCGGCAAGCGGUCGAUGAGCUGGUGGACCGGCUGACCAAGACGCGAUACGCUCAAAAGUUGGUCGUGGUUCUGGCAGGAUACGAUCGCGAGAUGGCUCGGCUGAUGCAGAUGAACCGGGGUCUGCGUAGUCGUUUCCCGACCGAGAUGGUCUUCUACCCGUUAUCUGCGGAGGCAUGUUGGAAACUCAUGCAGAGGGAGCUGACAUCUGUGGGCAUUGAGAUUGUGGAAGACGGGAGAGGCAGCAAAGAAGUGAUGGAAAUUUUUGCCAAACUCGCACAAGUGCAGACCUGGGCCAGUGCGCGCGAUGUCAAGCGGUUGGCCGGGGAGCUAGUGCGGUAG